GUUGUGUGACGUCAAUAGAUAUUACAAUAAUUAUAUGAUUUUGUAAACACAAGUGUUUGUUGUGAAAGACAUAUGUGAUUGUCAUUUAAAGUGGUCAACAAUACCGAGUGACUAAUUAACCGAUUGGACUCAUUUGGUGAUCAAAACACAAACACCACUUCAUUGUCUCAUUUGAUAUUAAAAUCUAAAUGGAGUCAGUGUUGAACAAAAUCCGAGAUACGGUGUCCUCGACAGUCAUUCAGGUGACCAACAACUUGUCGACCGCAUUGCCGGGGAAUCCGUUGACCCGUGAGUACGAUCUUAACCGACAUGUGGCCUCUGCCGGUCCGCAUAUGUGUUUCAAGAUCUACAAUGCGGUCAAAAAGUCGACCAAAGAGGAAGCAGCUGUUUUUAUGUGCGACAAGAAGACAUUGGAUCAGAGACUCAACAAAAAAGACAAAGAAGUGUUUCUGGAUAUCAUACGGAAGGGCGUCAAUCAACUGACACGACUCAGACAUCCGUCACUGUUGACCAUUCAUCACAACAUCGAAGAGAGUAGAGAUUCAAUAGCUUUUGCUACCGAACCGGUUAUGUCCAGUUUGGCAAAUCUAUUGGGCAAUCGGGACAACACACCCACACCAUUGAGUCCAGAGAUUGAUAACUAUGAACUAUUUGACGUUGAAAUCAAAUAUGGAUUACUUAAGAUAUCUGAAGGACUGGCUUUUCUUCACAAUGAUUGCAAAUUAUUGCACAGAAAUUUGAGUCCCGAGUCUAUAGUUGUCAACCGAAACGGUGUUUGGAAAAUAGCGGGCUUUGAUUUCUGUGCGCAGGCCAUCAAUGCAUCCGAUAUACCGCUUAAGUUUCCACACUUGAAUGCUAUCAAUUAUAUGGACACUCCGGCUAUUUGUCAACCAAAUCCCGACUAUAUAGCUCCAGAUUAUUUGGACAGAGACGUGACCAGUAUUGAAACCAAUGCCGACAUGUUUUCAUUGGGAUUACUAACCUAUACAUUGUAUAAUAAGGGCAAACCAUUGCUGCCGAGUGGCGGUAAUUUGAAAUUAAGACACAGCGACCAAUUCAAACGUCUUCCCGAUUCGACGUUUAGCUGUAUUCCCGAUGAUUCGCGAAGUCAUAUAAAGUUAUUGCUUAGUUUAGACACCAGACUACGUCCCGAUGCAAUACAGUUCUCGAAACUACACUUUUUUGACGAUAUUUUAGUAAAAACAUUACAAUAUUUGGACGCUUUAUAUCAAUGGGAUAAUCUCCAAAAGAGUCAAUUCUAUAAGGGUUUGCCCGAAGUAUUGUCACAAAUGCCAAAAAGAGUUAAAUUGAAUCGUGUGGUCAGUAGUUUGGCCAAAGAGUACGUCAAUCCAGAUAUGGUUCCAUUUGUUUUGCCUAAUAUUCUGUUGAUUGCUAAAGAAACAGAUGAUGAAGAGUUUCAUAAGUGGAUUAUACCAGACUUGGUAUCGGUGUUUAAGAUGCGGGAACCCAUACAAAUCGGUAUUAUUUUGAUGCAAAACAUGGAUUUUUUGGUUUCCAAGUUUAAACAUAAACCCGAAUCACUCCGCGAACACAUACUUCCACUGGUAUACCGUUGUCUAGAGUCAGACGCUCAACAAAUACAGGAACUUUGUCUAUCAGUUAUACCAUCGAUGGCUCAACUAAUAGACUACACAUCAAUGAAGAACUCGCUGUUACCGAAAAUUAAGAAUAUUAUAUUAAAUACCAAACUAUUGUCAGUUCGGGUCAAUGCUUUGGUUUGUUUGGGCAAAAUCUUAGAGUAUUUAGAUAAAUGGGUAGUUAUUGAUGAAGUGCUUCCCACUCUAUCAAGUGUACCCUCUAGAGAACCGGCUGUAAUAAUGGCAUCUAUUGCUAUAAUUAAAAUAACAAUUAGUAGCAACAAAUUAGGUCUGACUAAGGAAGUGAUGGCUAAUAAAGUUAUACCAUAUUUAGCACCGCUUACUAUUGAAAACGGUUUAUCAUUACAACAGUUUCAGACAAUAAUGUCAUUGAUUAGAGAUAUGUUAUGUAAAGUGGAAGACGAACAACAAAUAAAAUUACAACAAUUGAAUUCAAUUAAAUCACAACAGGACUCACUGUUCAACAGUACUGUUAACAUAACAAGAAAGUCACCCACUUUUGAUAGUUUGUCAAGUUUUACAAUUACAACUCCCGGUGCUAUUGAACACAAUUAUAGCAAUCGAAGUGCAACUGCGCUGUCAUUAGAGGAUAAGGAAAGACUAGCGAAACAAAAUGAACAAAACGAAAGACUAAGUUCACAGUCGACUUUGGUUCCACAGACGGCCAAACCAGUGACAGAAUCACAUCAACCGAAAGACCUUACGUCGACUCUUAUGAAUUCAAAUCUAACAAAUCUGUCGCUUAACUCACGACCCCAACAGUCCUUUAAUAAUUCAUUUACUAGUCCUAUGAAUAGUCAGUUCAGUACUUCAUUUCCUAUUCAGACCAAUUCGGUUCAAUUCCCGAAUACUGUUACCAAUGCUUUUCAUGCGAUGCCAAUACAACAGCAAACUGUAAGAACCAAUAUGUCUUCAUUUGAUAAUCUCGUGAUUCCCGAACUUAAAAAACCAAUGAAUGCACAGUCAAGUCAACCGAUGGGAACGAUGACUAUGAAUCCAAUCUCUAAUUCAAUGGCAAACAAUUGGACCACAAAUUCAAAUUCAUUUGUAACUAACAAUACAACAAAUUUGGGAUUUAGUGGAAAUCAAUUGAAUAGUAAUACUUCAUUUGGCGCAUUCAUUGACUCAAAUUCAACAUUAAAUUCGUCACAAAAGACAACCAAACCGUUAUCAAAGAGUGAAUUAGAAGACUUCUUAGGCUAAAU